AUAGCAAGAAUUACAAUAACCAAAAUAAUACUAAGAUCAAUAUGUCAUCUUGCGUGAAUGCUUUUUCUCCUCCAUGGGAAGUCCUAGACCUAGUUUCACACCAUUUAGACCCAAAAACCUUAGCCAUAGCCGCUUGUGUGUCCAAGACUUGGGCCCACUGUUUCUCCUCGGACCACCUAUGGGACCCACUUUGCACCACCCACUUCCCCUCUCUCUCCUCCCUUACCACGGUGGCCACCGCCGUCCCCCGCCACCGCCUCUACGCCCUUGGUCACACCGCCGCCCUUCGCCGCCAACGGAAGCCUCGUAAACCUCGUCUUUCUCUAGACCGUUUGCUCUUCCACCUCUCGGUCCACCUCCCUAGUGGGGCGGUGGACAUACUAAAGCCAUGCAGUGACAUGCAGAGGGACAUGCAUGGGAUGUUUAGGUUUGACGUUGAGGUGGAGGAGGAGAGGGAGUGGAGUUUGGAGGAGCUGAAGGCGGCCACGGUAACGUGGACCGUGGUGGAGAAGGAUUGGAAGGCGGUGUUUACCGUGGCGGAGGAGAGUGGCGGUAAGCUGGCUUCGGCUAUCGAUGGGAUUUUUUCGAAGGAGUUGCCGUCGCCGGGGUGUUGCUCGACCACCAUGUCUAGUGGUCUCGUGGCGGAUAUUAGGGUUGGGUUGAAGGAUGAGCAAGAUGAGUUAUGUUGUAAUAUUGGGAGUAGUAGGAGCAAAGGUAGUAGGAAAAAUAGGAUUGAGAAAGUGAGUGUUGGAGUUUUAAGUGUACUUAAUUGGAGACAUGUUACUCUUGAGGAUGGCCUCUUUUACUUGGAGAAGUUCCUUGAAGUUUGAUUAGGAAUCUAAUUAGGAUGUCAUAUAUGUCUCUUAAUAAUUAUGAAUACAACUUAUAGAAAAAUAUGCAAGACUAAUUAAAAGAGAACUAAGUUUUUAAUAGUUUUCAUAUAUAUGUAAAUUUACCUUUGCUCAUCAUGCUAAAUUACUAAUAUAUAGGUUUUGUAUAUGUAUAUAAAUAUUGCAAAUAUAUAACUUCGGUGGUUUAGGGUAUUUUCUUCCAUGCAUGUGGCCAUAUAUUUUCUUGUGUAAUUUGAUGAAUACAGUGUGAAGUUUCCUUUACUUCCUUCGAAUUAAAGGUGUCCAUUAGUUGUGAUAUAUAUAACUAUUUCCUUGUUUA